GUAUGGAGAUUUUGUUACAGUCGGGGUCGCUCAUGAUGACGAUUGCUUGUAAAUAUCGUGUUUACCAACAUGGACAAAGCGGUAUCAUGUCAUAUCGCGGGAUUCAUGGGCAGCUAUAGUAGCGAAUGAUUACAAGUUGUGGUCCUAGCAAAGCAGUCAUGUUGGAAGAGUUCUAGUGCAUGUAUGCCAGCAUACAGAUUCAAACAUGGAAUUCAGGACAUCAGAUGAAGCUCUGUUACAAAAACCUCCAGCCAUGACAUUCAAGUUUGCCCCAACAAAACUUUCUCGGCCAAACUUUCUUCCUCCAAUUGUGUGUUCUCGAAGACUGUAUAUUCAGAUAACACUUGCCAUUAUGCUUAUUGCCAUAGUAGUGAUUGUGCGAGCAUUGUCGAACAUGCGUGUUGUUUUUGUACAAUUCCAUAAUGAAAGUGACUCAGAUGGUGAGCUUGUGAUUUUACCAGAGGAGUUCUCUGCCCCUAGAGGAGCAUAUUGCCUGGAUGGGUCCCCACCAGCCUUUUAUCUCAGACACGGUGAGAUCAGUGCUGAGAACAACUGGCUGCUGCAUCUACAAUCUGGCGGCUGGUGUGUGUCCCCCAGUGACUGCUAUCACAGGAGUUUCACCGACCUGGGAUCAAGCCAGUCUGCUCGUACCUCUGCUCUAUUUGAGGGUAUCUUAUCCAGCGAUGAGAGGGUCAACCCUGACUUCUUCACCUGGAACACUGCCCAGUUUCUCUACUGUGAUGGGAGCUCUUUCACAGGUAACAAGUCAGGUGUGUUGAAUGUGCAGUCCCGGUCACUCUACUUGAGGGGUGGGGCAGUGUUUGAGACGUUGAUUGAGUACCUGAUGUCUCACACUAGCCUGGCCACAGCACAUAACGUCAUCCUCGUGGGCUCAUCAGCUGGAGGGCUGGCGGCUCUUCUCCAAGCUGAUCGGUUGAGAGAGAAGCUGCCAUCAUCUGUGAAGACCCUGCAUGUGCUAGUUGAUGGCUCACUGUUCUUGGAUCAACCAGAUGGGAAUCAACAACAUGUCAUGGCAGAGAUGCUGCACAACACUUACAACCUCCACAACCUCAAAGAAUCCUUGGUGCUGAAGGAAUGUACGCUUGGCCUUCCCGAACCGGUGCAGUGGCGUUGUUUCCUACCAGAGGUGUUCUAUAAGCAUGUGUUUACACCAAUGUUCUUUGCUAACUCCCUGUAUGACACGUGGUACACAUCGGCCACCCUGAGCAUCCCGUGUACAAGGUCUGGACACUGCCCACCCAGGGAGAUGCAGGUGUUGGACAGAGUGAAGAAGGCCAUUCUCCAACAAUCGCAGGACCUCCUGGCAUCGGGGAAGAACGGGGUGUUCCUCACUUCCUGUCCUGCCCACUCCAUGCUUGUCAACCCAAGAUUCAACAGCAUGAAAGCAGGUCAACUUACCAGUCAAGAUGCUGUAUCAAUGUGGCUCAAACACAACAAAAAUGGAUAUAAUGUUUCAGAGAGCAUUGAUUUAAAUGACUCUGCCCAUUACUGCAAAUUGUUUUAUUAACUCACUUCCUUAGAAGGCAGUAAGUGGUUGCCUUAUAUGUCUAGCCCCACUUGCACAGAACAUUCUUAGUUACGUUCGACCUUAGGCCCCUACAAUCAACUUUACAAUCACCUUGCUAUUGUCCUACUCCACUUGCACAAACUGAUCCUAGCAUGAUUGUAGGAUGACUUGAACUUAAGAUUGAAAUCUUAAACGGUGGAGGUACACAUUUCUUAAACUUUAUUUCUGUCUAUAGUUGUCUGCAAGCACGCAUAGCAUGCUGCACAAACCGAAAGUUGAUCACAAUCACGACACACAACGCAUACCUCCCUCCAUCACACCUUGCACAUUUUACAUGAAACCCCACUCAGCCACACUAAUAUUUGAAGGAAACAAUUACUGGGAAGCUAGCGUAUUUUUUUCUACAUUCAAACUGUCGCGAUUUAGGAACUGUUUAAUAUUGCAACCACAGAAAUACCUACCAAUGUUAUAGGAAUGAUGAAUACUUAUAUAUAUUUAAGAAACAUAUAUUGAAACCUCUCAUCUCUCUGACAACUUAAAUAUAAAAAUGAGAAAGAAACUUUAUUUUGGACAUAAACAUGUAUCUAAUUGUAGAUUGUUUUAAUGACAAACUAAAGUCAAAAUCUCUGACACAAAUGUGACCGAAAUAAAUUAAAGGUGGAGCUGUGCAAUGUUUCCACAUUAAUACCAUUGGGCAUGGUAGACUCUACAGUAUCGGCAUAGUAUGCAAAGGAAAACCACUCAUGUCUUGCAUAUAAACUCAGAUAAGCUACCCUUGAGUUAUUGAAAAGGUCAUGGCCAUUGCUAUUGUCCUUCCUUGAUUAUCGAAAAAUGUUUCACACUUCUUCCAACAUUGAAUCUAGUGGGAUUAGUACUUACAGUUGUGUGGCUCUCUCCUGCAAGUAAUGAGGUUUCUGGUGUUAAAUUGGUGGUGCAUUUUCCAAAUUUCUUCUUCUGUACACAACCAUGUUCGUCCAGACAAUUAUUUAAAGCUAAGUUUCUUGUGAUAACCUGCAGUAUUAGGAAAUAGUAAUUUUAUGUACUUAUACAUAAAUAUGGUACACACACAACUUCCUCAAACAAUGUCAUGAUUAUUCCCAGGUGCCAGUUAAAGUGACCUGUUACUUCUUUCAGUUGUGUCCUCAUCAAACUAAUCUUCUGGUUUAACAGACCUGGGUCUCACAGUUACCAUAGUGUAAUGAUUGCAUGAAGGGUGCCUAUUGUAGUUGUCCUGAUGGCAAUGGUUUAGUUAGAUUCCAGGCUGGACUAUUAAUAGAUGAGUCUAUAGACUGUACUGGGGCAAGACUGAAGUAUCCUGAUGUAAAAACAUAUACUUCCGUUCAGAACAUAUGCAUAUCAGAGCUACUUCCAUUAGCUCCUCAACAAUCUACAGAAAUACGGGAUGUCAUACAUCAUUCAAAUACUAAAACGUUAUCAUUGUGGGAUGGUGAAAAUCAGAGGGUUUUUGAAAUAGUAGUGUAAGGGACAAUGAGAUGGAUUCAGCAGAAAUUCAUUGUUGGUUUUGUUUAGAAAAUCAUAUGAUCUUCUAUUACCAUAAACAAAUGCACCAACAUGUUUCUGGAAGAGAUUUCUUGUCAUGUCAACUGAAUGACGAAAGGGGCUAAAAUUUAUGAAUUGGUGUGAGAGGUCAGUUUGACCUACACAGAAAUCAGCAGAGAGACUGCAGCCUGGAUGUCCAACAUGAAAGCUGGAUGUCCAACAUGACAUGAUGUGAUUGGUGGUGUAGACCUACACAGAAAUCAGCAGAGAGACUGCAGCCGUAAAGCUGGAUCUGGAUGUCCAACAUGACAUGAUGUGAUUGGUGGUGUAGACCUACACAGAAAUCAGCAGAGAGACUGCAGCCGUAAAGCUGGAUGUCCAACAUGACAUGAUGUGAUUGGUGGUGUAGACCUACACAGAAAUCAGCAGAGAGACUGCAGCCGUAAAGCUGGAUGUCCAACAUGACAUGAUGUGAUUGGUGGUGUACUGGUUACAGCAGCAGGAUCACUUCACUGAUGACGAAACAUGUUCGGUACACUUUGUUGGGCCCUUUCUGUUUGUAGCAAAAUACUUCCUCUGUAAUGGUUUAUCCUCUCGUUUGUGUAUUACUGUCAGAUGUCAAGAGUAUUAUCAAGACUAAGUUACAUGUGUCUCUCUAUAUGAUAAAACUGUUCUACCAACCAUACGUAACUCUCUCACAAUGAACACUUGUGUCAGUGUGCCUUGUUUGUGGAAGGGAAGUAGCACUGCAUGGGCAUGUUCCAAUGUACAAUAGAUGGUCAUAUGAUGUCAUUCUACAAGAGAUGUCUCACUCAGCCAUGAUAAAGACAUCUUUGAAUCUGAUCCCUUCCAUGGAUCUAAGUCUUUGACAAUAGUUGUGUAGUGUCUGUAACUAUGUUUGAACAAAGGUCACACCUAGAAAGUGUCAAAUCAAACUAAGAGAAUGCUUUGGGUUGAGCUUGUAUUCAGGGUAUGCUUUCUAUCUGUGAUAGAAAGUGUUUAUGACUUUAGGAGCAACGAUAUUUAUGAGGUGGCUAUUAUUUGAGUGUGUUUAUGUAUAUUGUCUUUAAGAGGUGUCUGAGAGAUGGCAAGUCAGCAUAUCCAGGUUCUACACACUCCAGGAAUGAAUGGAUGUUCUCACAGAAAAAUAAGGAGGACUUCCCUGAUACCAUUAAUGUUUUAUUGCUAUGUACACUGUGGAAUUGGUCCUGAUGGGUACAUGGAUGUCUAGCAAUGACAGCAAUACAUCUUUAUAUGCCUCAAUAGCACAAAAAGCAUGCAGCAAAUUGUCAUGAAUCAACCAUGUUAAUAUUCACUUGCAUUUUAUUGUGACAUGGAGAACUUGCCACUAAUUUGAGGAUAAGUUACCAUGACAGCACAUUACGAAGUGUAAGUGAUCCGUAAUGAACCUUCCACAUGUAGAAUCAGGCUGUUGUAUAAGGCUAGGAAGGCUGUAAGGUGAUGUUAUUGGAGGUGACAAACAGGAUCUAAGCAUAUGUGUGCUUUCCCAGCGUACCUGCUUGGCUGGCUGUCUUGCAUUUCCUCAUGUUGGCUUUCAUGUAUGUUUCUGAACUGAAUUUUAUUGUAUUGAAUUUUUUCAAAGUAUGUGGUAUAGUUUGACACUCAACCGAUGCUAGUUUUUGCAUGGUAUGUAUACGUGAAGGAAAAAUUAUGGAUGCCAAAUUCUUUACUGCAAGGAACAUAUUCACUCCAUGGAGACAUUUAAAGGAAUGUUUCAUUACUUUAGGGUAUGCGUAUAUAUACUAUAUAUGACUCCACAAAUACUCAAAUAUAUCUUUCAUGCUUAUAUCAGAUCACAUCAUGUUUCACUUGUACUGUUUGUUGUAUAUGAGGGAUGUGAUAUUUUUGUACUCAACAUAUAAAGGGUGGAUUCUACAUGGAUUUGUGCAGUGUCCUGUCUAGGAGUGUUUGUUUUUUUCUCUCAUACCAUGAAAACACAUAUUCCCGAGGCAAGGGCAUUAACUGACUGAAGUCAUUUCCACUCAUGCUGAACUAGGUUAGUGUUUCAUGACUUGAUUGUAGCACCAUGAGUGGCUAUUUUGACCCGUGUCCCUUCUAUGUUGAUUGUAAUUUAACAGGUCUUCCCUGACAAAGUGCAUCAAAUCAUUUAAGCAUUAUGACAAAAAGCAUAAAACAUGAAAAUUAUAUUUGGAAAAUAUAAUUGAUAUGCAAAUCUGCAAUCAAUAGAAAUCUUAGUCAUGUUGUUUAUGAACCCGAUGUUGAGUUUGUUACACAAUUUUGAUUUCACAAUGCAAUGACUUGUCAGUCCAUUAAAACUACUACUCCAAAAGUCCAGGCUAGUUUGGCAAGGAGGGAAACUUUAACAGUGAGUUAACUCCCUUGCCUCGGGAAUAUGAGUGCAAGCAUACACAUUUUGUGGGUGAAGAAUUAGAGACCUUGCUUUUAUUCUAACUUGAAAGGUAAUUCAGUUAUCAUCACAAUCAUGUUUCACUCAUGAAGUGGCAAGUCUAAAGGGUGUAGAUGUUUGCCUCUUUGGUGAACAAUAGAACAAGCCUGCAUCAGGUUCUAUGAAUGGAACCAACAGUAGCGGCAGAGGUGCUGUGGGUGUAGUAUCUUCUGUUUUCACAUUUGCCACAAACUCAUUGAUGUGAAGUUCUUCUUUAACUGAAAAGGAUUUUAUAUUUUAUAUUUGUGCAUUGCUUUUAUAACUAUAUACAGUAACGAG